ACAGUUUCCACCGCCAACCAUCAUCACCACCACCCAUAUUUCUGUUCACACGUCGACUUGGCCUCCUGCGCGCCUCCACACCACCCCAUUCUCCAGAAUUCAAUGCACUCGUGUCGAGCUCUUCUGCGCAUCUCGAGGUAAAGAGAGAAGGACAAGACAAGACAGCACAGACCUAGCCGAUACAGCAACAGAAGGAGAAAGAGAGAAGGAGAAAGAAAGAAAAAAAAUGUCGUCCGCCCUGAUCAACGCCGACGACCCAGACGCCCUGGAACCGACUCUGCAGUCGAUCCUGGACCAGCGCUCCCUGCGCUGGAUCUUUGUUGGCGGCAAGGGUGGCGUCGGCAAGACGACAACCUCCUGCUCCCUCGCCAUCCAGCUCGCCAAGGUCCGCCGCAGCGUGCUCCUCAUCUCCACGGAUCCCGCCCACAACCUGAGCGAUGCCUUCAGCCAGAAGUUUGGCAAGGAGGCCCGCCUCAUCGACGGCUUCGGCAACCUCAGCGCCAUGGAAAUCGACCCUAACGGGAGUAUACAGGACCUGCUGGCCGGCCAGGGUGAGGAUGCCGGUGCCGGUGGUGGGGACCCAAUGGGUGGGAUGGGCGGUAUGAUGCAGGACCUGGCCUUCGCGAUACCAGGUAUUGACGAGGCCAUGUCCUUCGCAGAGGUGCUGAAACAGGUCAAGUCCCUCUCCUACGAGACCAUCAUCUUCGACACGGCGCCGACUGGCCACACCCUCCGCUUCCUGCAGUUCCCCUCGGUGCUUGAGAAGGCCCUCGCCAAGAUCUCGCAGCUUUCCAACCAAUACGGCCCGCUCCUCAACGGCUUCCUCGGCAGCCAGGGCGGCGGCCUGCCCAACGGCCAGAACCUGGGCGAGAUGAUGGAGAAGCUCGAGUCGCUGCGUGCCACUAUUGGCGAGGUCAACACCCAGUUCAAGGACGAGGCGCUGACCACCUUUGUCUGCGUCUGCAUCCCCGAGUUCUUGAGCUUGUACGAGACCGAGCGCAUGAUCCAGGAGCUCGCCAGUUACGGCAUCGACACCCACAGCAUCGUCGUCAACCAGCUGCUGUUCCCCAAGGCCGGUAGCGACUGCGACCAGUGUAACGCCCGCCGCAAGAUGCAGAAGAAGUACCUAGACCAGAUCGAGGAGCUCUACGACGAGUUCAACGUCGUCAAGAUGCCCCUGCUCGUCGAAGAGGUUAGGGGCAAGGAGAAGCUUGAGAAGUUCAGCGAGAUGCUGGUGAAGCCCUACGUGCCACCUUCAUAAGGCAGAGGAGGCCUCUCAUCCGCUUAAUAUCCAUGGGAUAUGGCACAUGAGAAAGAGAGGGGGGGGGGGGGCGGGGAAAUGGUCCAUACGAUGCUUCAUAUGCGGUCCGCAGGCUUGAUGGAGGAGAACUCAGUAGGGGAUGGCAGAGGAGGAAGGGCUCUCCAGGAACAGCAAAAUCUGCUGUGAGCAGAGGGAAUGCAUGAAGCUGAGAAAGAUAAUACGCUGCGCAUCCAUGGCAGGUGCGCCAGCUUCGUCUCAUACUUGGAGUAUGUGUGCGUGGGUGUGGGUGAGUGAAGAAAAGAGGGUCACUACAAAGCAUAUAAGCAUAGACAAGAUGUUACAAAGUCACAUGAGUAAUACAAAGCCAAUUGGUUGUUUG